CUCCGCUUUCGGAUUUCUUUUUUGUGGACUUAAAGUGUUAAAGUGCUGAAAAAAUAUUAUGGCUCCUCGCGAGACGCCGAAAGCCACUCCAAAAGUGCAACGCACUAUUGUAAAGACGGCUGGUACUAAGGCCAGAACUCCUACAUCGAGUGUAAAAAAGACCAUGUCUGUAAGGAAAUCGGAAAAAGCUCCUCUAAAAGUGAAUAAUGUGACGAUGGAAGGGAGACAACGGACCGCUACGGUCCCGAAGGUAGCGACGCCUAAGCCUAAAGAGAAUAGAUCGGUUCCAGUCCCCGGUAGCGUCACCAAAAGCGGCAAAAAGGCGUCGUGGAAGCGUCGCCCGAAGCCCGCGCAUUCCGGCGUCCCUGUCCCUGAGAAAAUGAAGAGGCUGCUCGAGAAACAGCUUCAGGACUCUGACUGUAGUUUAUAAACAGAUUUUAAAGAUUACUUUGAUAUCUUUUGACUUUUAAGGCUUUAUUGUCAAAACAAAACCACUGACUAGGAUUUAUUUUGUUAACAGAACUCUUUCUUCUUUUAUUUAUAGCACCUUGAAUGCUUGUAAGUUGAACUUUCAUGGUAAUUAUCCCUUUAUAAGAUAGGCAUUCAAUGUGAUAACUGAGAGGUAUGGCAAUACUUGAAGAAAGAUUUUAGAUGUCUUAGUUUAGGGUUUUUGUUUUUAUUUCGUAAUACACUGAUACUGGCUGCCAGGUUCAGAACGGUUCAGUUAGGUUUUCCCAAUUUAUUAAUUAUAUUCCUAAUUUUUUCAUUAUAAUCAUGACUUUGUAUCAAAAUGCAGUAAUUAAUUUUACUUACUUAAAUAUUUUAGAGCAAGCUUGUUAAUGAAUAAAAUUAUAGUUCAAGUCCAGUGCCAUAAAAAAGUAGACAUUUUUCAUCCCAUUAUAGCUCUUAGUUUGCUUUAUCACUUUUGCACUUAAUUUAUACAUUUAUGUGUAUAAUUUUAGUGUAAUUAUUAUGACCCCACCAUUCAUUAAUAAUUAAAAUUGAUUGUUUGGGUUCUUCCAUGUUCAUAAGCUGAGUAGCUAUGUGGUUAACAUACCUAUAUCAUUAGCAGAUAGAACGUAGUUCUAAGAUAAAUUAGCUUUAGAUAUUGUACAAAUUAUUAUUAGUUAGCUAAAUAAUCUACGUUGUGCCUAAAUUCAUCAAAAUCCCUUCAGCUCUCUCAAAAUAAACUUAUACAAUAAUUGUAAUUCCUGUAAGUAGUUUCUAAAAAAAUAAUUGAUAAUGAUAUAAAUAAGUGGACUUAUUGAUAGUUUAUUGUAAAUUCUGAUGUGGACCAAAUAAUUGUAAUUCUGUCUAGAAUUGAAUUUUAUAGA